UACGGCACAUUCACGGAUACAAGAUACGCCAAACAAAAAUGGCGUCUGUUAAGGCCGUACAAGGUCUCAAACAUGUAAAACCCAUCUUAUCAGCCGACCACAGUGAGGCCAGAAAAAGGGUUUUAAGUUUAUAUCGGGCAUGGUACAGACAAGCAGAAUUAGUGGUUGCUGACUAUGACCUUACAGUUACUGUAGCGGAAUGCAGAGCCAAAGUUCGAGAGAAUUUUGAAAAGAAUCGCAACGUAACAGAUGUCAGGGUGAUAGACAUGUUGUUCAUAAAGGGUCAACACGAACUUGAGGAGACCAAAAAUAUAUGGAAACAGAAGAAUCAUGUUAUGAAUUAUUUCAACCAAACAGUCAACCCCAAACCUGCCGACUUCUUUUCCAAAUUUCUUGAAGGUCAUGAACCAUGAAUGUUAUUUAUUUAUAUAAAAAUUUACAGUGAAGUCUUUUGUAUGAGCACCAUCUUAUUUCUAGAAUUUUCUUAUAAGAACUGUAUGAAGUAAAGAUAUUUGAUAUUAGAUUAUUUAGAAAUAUGAACAUUUUGUCAAAUAUAUAUAUGUUUAAAUAAAAGUUUUAAAAGAGA